GCUCUCGUGACGCAUCAAUGACGUCACCGCGGGCCGACUGUGAUGGCGGAUGUCAGGGAAAUAGACACGAUGAAAAGUAAACAUUUCCAGGGAAGUUUCGAGAAAAUCGACAAAGAAAUGAGCCGCUAUCCGUUCUGUAUCGUGUGGACACCUAUUCCAGUGCUGUCGUGGUUUCUGCCGUUCAUUGGCCACAUGGGCAUCUGUACUUCCACCGGUGUGAUCAGAGAUUUUGCCGGGCCGUACUUUGUAUCAGAGGACAACAUGGCUUUUGGAAAACCAACAAAAUACUGGAAGCUGGAUAAGAAUAAAGUUUACGGUGGUGGAGUGAACACCUGGGACACUGCUGUACAUGAAGCAUCUGAAGAAUACAAAACCAGAAUGCACAAUCUGUGUUGUGAUAACUGUCACUCUCACGUUGCCAUGGCGCUGAAUCUCAUGCACUACAACAAUCGCUCCUCGUGGAACAUGGUCAACCUCUGCGUACUUUCCUUUAUACACAGCAAACAUGUCAGCUUUGUGGGGUUUCUGAAGACCUGGCUACCUUUCCUGAUGAUCUGUGGGAUCAUAGUCACCAUCGCCCUCGCCGUCAACCUGCGAUGACCGACAUCACAUGACAGCACCUCGGAGAAUGUUGGGCGGCCGAACACGUGCCUCAAGACCAGUUUAAGCUACAAGAAGCAAAUCAAAUCGUAUUGCUGAAGCAGAACUUUAUAUUACUUUUUAAUGGCACAGAUUCAGACGGCACUGUGAAUAGUCUCUUAUUUGCAUCUGAUGACAUCGACACAUGAAGACUAUCAUUACCAUGGUAAAUAAGUGCAUUACAGGGAUUUUUCCAUCACUGCUUAGAAACAAAUAGUUUUGUAUUUGUAAUAUCAUAUCAUACACUUCAACUAAUUCCUACCGACAAAUGGUAAUGAAUGAAACAUUGAUUUCAUGCAAUUUCCCGCCAAAACGGUCGCAAGUAGUGACAUCACUACCUGAUGUGGUUAAUAUAGAGAAAUUAUUAUUUACUUAUUUUUUGUUUAUUUCAAAGAUGUUUGCAUUUAAUUCACUGUCAGUUAAACAUAACUUGAAAUGUCAAGUUUUGGGCUCAUAACUCUUUUCAAUCGAGUAAAGUCAACUUAUUAGGGUUUUCAGUUUUGUGCAUCAUUUAAGUAUUUAAACGUUGCAGGAUGUUUACAGGUAUAGAUUGUUUUGUUUUAUGACAGUCUGUAAAUAUGGUUCAGUUUAUGUCUGCAUUUAUACUCUUUGAUCAAAUAAAAAAGUAUAU